UCCACCGCCGCUCUCGGAUGACGCCAUCGACGGGUGACGUCCUCAGUCCGCGCCGCACUGGUCUCCUGGCAGCUGAGAUGUCAGAGCAUCUGAUGUUCGCUUGUUUCAGUGACCGGAAAUAACGGAAACACGCACAACACCGCACAAUUGAACCAGAGGAAGCAAAGCAGCGACGUGCUGUGAUUUACAGACAUGGGGGCUCUGAUAUCCCGGUGGAAUGCAAAGCCAACCACAGUGGAGCAGCUUGAGAGCAUAGACAAGGAGAUAAAAGACCUGGAGGAGUUUAGAGCCAAAAACCAACGGCUGCAAAAGCUGUGGGUCGGCCGGCUGCUUUUCUACUCGUCAGUCUUCUACCUGUGUAUCUCUCUGGUUGUAUACCUCCUCUACCUGCCUGAACAAUGGUUGCAGAGACUGGCCAUGGCCCUGCCCUUCUUCAUUUACCCUGUGCUAGUGUGGCUCAUCAGGAAGUUAUUGAUUUUCCUCUUUUGCAAACGCACUGAGAGAAACAAUGAUAAACUAGAAGACUUAAAGGUUUCCAAGAAAAAGAUUCUCGAGGACGUGAUGGAAACGGAGACGUAUAAAAAUGCCAAAGUCAUCCUGGAGCGCUUUGAUCCAGAAGCUAAGAGGAAGGCUGAGCUGGAGUCGACCCCGGUGCAUCCGCAGAUGACUCCCAGGCCAGGACAAGAGAUUCGACAAAGAGGCGUGGCAAUGAGACCCAUGCCAAUGCCAAUGGGUACCCCAGGUCUCAUGGCGAUGACGCCCCCACCUGGAGCACGGCCCCCAUUGGGACCCGGGGGCACACCUGUGGCUCCAGGAGGACCACCAGAGAGAUCUGCUUUGUCUGCCUCAGUCCUGCAGGGGGCGCUACCAAGGACCCCCUGCUCUCCUAUACCAGGUGUAGGCAUGCACCCUCCAGGUCCUCCAUUAGCAAGACCGGUUCUACCCAGAGACAGAGGAGCUGUGGAUCGAGUCAUCGAGUACCUGGUGGGGGACGGACCGCAGAACAGAUACGCAUUGAUCUGCCAGCAGUGUUUCUCUCAUAAUGGCAUGGCUCUGAAAGAGGAGUUUGAAUACCUGGCAUUCCGCUGUGUGUAUUGCUACUUCCUGAAUCCGGCCAGGAAGACGCGUCCUCAGGCUCCGCGGCUUCCAGAGUUCAGCUACGAGAGGAAGCUGCGAGCAGAGUCACGCUCCCCUGCACCGUCACCACGUUCUGGGACGGACACAGAGGAGAGUGCGCCGCCCUCUGGAGUCGUUGAGAAAAGAGCCAGCAGAGAUGAGAAGGAGAUGGGAGAAGAAGAAGCAUCCACUAAAGAAGAAGCAUCCACUAAAGAAGAAGCACCCACUAAAGAAGAAGUGCUGUGUGAGAGCCAAUCACAGGAGGAGCUGUAUCAGGAGGAGGAAGCUGUUCAUGAGGAGGAAGGGGCGGUGGAGGUGGAGGCGGUAGAGGCGGUAGAGGCGGUAGAGGGGGAAUCGAACCUGUGUCACAGCGCCCCCUGUGAGGCAGAACCUCAGCCAUCAUAGCUGCAGCGAGUCCAGACGAGAACCAGGGGUGUGUGAUCCCCUGGUUAGACGGAGGUUGAUGAUUGUAGUUUUUCUCUUCAGGCUGUUUCUUGAUAAAGAAGCUGAAGCUGGUUUCUAGUUUUGCUCAAUAUUUGGUUACGAGGUGAUGAACUGAAUUAGUUUUAACAUUUUAACAUUCACACAGGUUUUUAUUGAGCUUUUAAGUAGUUUGCUGCUUUAAGAUGUGUUAAGAUUUUAGAUCAAACUGCUGGUUCACAAAGGGUCUGUCUUCAGAUGCUCAAAUCAAAGUCCUGACACUUAUUUUGGUCCUUCAUUUUUGGUCUCCACUGGUUUGGUUUCUACAUAUUUUACAAAUUUAUAAUUGUUUAUUUUCACACGGGUCACAUGUGUAGUUUUGAUGGUUUUGUUGGUGCAUUUGAAGACAAACCUUCAGUGAAUCAGAACGUCACUGUUUGUGUUUACACCACUAAGUGUUUGUUUCCACUCAUAGUUUUAAUCUCUCGAGCUUUUAUCCUAAUGCUGAAACACUGAGGAAAAACUUUGAUGCAUGUGAACAUUUGAUCAUGAUUUAUUUUUGCGUGUGUUUUUCAUGACGUUUGAGCAGCUUGUCUCAGACAGGAAGUAAACGGCGAUACGAACAAAAACUCCCCCGUGGGUGCAUUGAACCCUAUUUGCACUCAGAUCCUGGAAGAGACCAGGAUGUAGAACAACACUUACAUCACAAGUGAACGGCUGAAACGAACCAGAUAAACCAGAGUCUGGUUGUUUACAUUUUAUUGCUGGAUUUAUUGAAGACCCACGGCAAAUGUUUUUACUGUGCUCUAAACAUUAACUGAACUCAGAUCAGCCCUCGGUGGCAUGAGAGAGGACAUGUAUCUCUGGUGGAGACGCUCGUACGUUAGGUUUGUCUUCUGAUCGCUCGUUUCAUCGUCCAGGAGAGAAAUAUGUCGACUAUUCAGGUUUGGAAAAUGAACAAUUCAAGUUUUAGUUUUUUCUCAUUGAUUGUUUUUUGAUUGUUGAUUUUCUUUGCGAUGGGGCCUGAGCUGAGUUUUUACCUCGAGGAUUUUAUUUGGGUUUUUAAAAGUUAAGCAGUCGAAAACGCAUCAAAUUGUCACCACAACUGCGAGUUUAUCUCCGUCUCAUUAUAAUUUUUGCCAAAUGCACAGUUGUCGUAUAUAUUAAUUUGACAUAAUUUGCACUGAAGUUCUCUUUUGUAUUUAUUCGGCCGUAUUUAGUUCCGGUUUUGCUGUUUGAAACAUGUCACGUUUAUCUAACACAAGUAUUUUGGUAUCGGCCUGGUUUGGGUUGUGUCGCCUCAGAGUGCUGAAGACAAGUGUGUGUGUUGAAAUAUUUAUUCUUUGUGCGUUCAUUAAUUUAAGUGUUUUGAAUGUGCCAUCCGACUGCUGGUGCCUUGGUUGCUGCUCGUAUAUUCAUUAUUUCACAGCGUAAUCUGUCCAAUGUCAACAUUGAAGUAAGAUGCGUCGAGAACUAGAGACAACAGUUUAUUCUUGUUAUUAACGCAACACAAAAGACGAAUUGCUGUCGGGUUCCCAGACAGAUUGAAGACUAGGGAGGUGACUCACAUUUUCCUUCUUUUUAUUCUCCGGUUUCUUAUUUGGUCACGUUCUCUUUUCCUCUUCUUUUACCCCACCGACAAAGAGUUAGCCUUUUCUCAUAGCUAGCUGCUAACCCCGGCUGUAGAUGGUGAUGUACGUUGUUAAAGCUCGUCCCAAGUGUCCCUGCACGACACCGACAACAGAGACAUCACUCUCCCCGUUCUUAGUUUGUGUAACAUCAAAAAUGAUCGUCAGGCUGUUGUGUUAAGGGAAAAUCUAGAGGAGAGACAGUGGAUUGAAGCUCAUCCGUCCCCACAGCUUGACAUUUAGUUUUCUCCUCAUUAUUUCCCUGCACGAAGCAGCUGAUGUUUCCUGACGUUGCAAAGCCGUUGCAUCACGAUGCCUGUCCCACGUUACUGAUUUGUGUUUAACUGGUACUUCUCUGCCAAUGCUGCUUGUCAAGUAUACGCAUGACACGUCUAAUAAAGUUUUCUAAGCAACCAAA